ACGAUCGGUCGUUUGUCGUUUGCGAAGUAAUGAUCGCCGAUCCCGAUGAUGCAUCUUCCUCGCUCCGUCAACGCUAAUUGACCGGAGGUACUCAUGUCAAGCUCUGGUUGGGAGACGGAGGUGGUCGCUGCGGCGACUAAGGAUUGCCGUCGAUUUCCAGCAGAGAGAUGAGGCUCGGCGGAGAGGAGGGAGGGAGUAGAAGGAGAAAAGGAGGAGGAGGAGGAGGAGGAGGAGGAGGAGGAGGUGGGUGAAGUGCUGCCAGUCCUCCUUGAUUCCUGUAAAGGACCAACUCGGGGGGGUGGGACCCCCCGCCGCCGCUGCUGACGUGGCCGCGAGAGUGAUAACCGCCACGUCGCAAGAUCCAGGGAGCCUGUAAUAAACUCCCUCUCUCCGGCAACACCCUGUGCGUUAUUCUCCCGCGCAAACUGACGCGCUCGCUCCCGCCAGGAGUUGUAGCUCACGAUCCGAUGACGUGUCGCCUGCUCGCCUGCCACGUCAUCUCUCCCUCCACGUCCCGUUGUCGUCACAUGAAAUGCCGGGGAGAGCGGCGGCGCUGAAACAAGCAUUCCCGCCGCCGUGCGAGACAUCGCGAUGUAACAGAAACAGAAUAACGGCGGGAAACUAAAGAUAAAAAAAAUGGCGGGAAACUAAGAUAUAAAAAGGGCGGGAAACUAAAGAUAUAAAAAUGGCGGGAAACGAAAGAUAUAAAAAUGGCGGGAAACGAAAAAUAUAACAAUGGCGGGAAACUGAAACUGGCGGGAAAUCAAAGAUAUCACAAUGGCGGGAAACUUAAGAUAUCAAAAUGGCGGGGAACUUAAGAUAUCAAAAUGGCGGGAAACUUAAGAUAUCUUCACUUCAAACGUGACAGGCCGAUCUGCUUGCUUGGCCGCAUAGUCAUACCGCAGGCUUUUAUAACUGAUUAGUUAGGCAGACACGUAAUUACUAAUUACUCUCCGAAGAGAUUGGUCGUCUAUUUUCUCCCCUAAUUACUUUAUUCGUCCGGAGGGAGGGCAAAAGAAGAAAAGAGGGAGAGAGAGAGGACAACAUGAAAAGCAGAUAUGGCAGCAUUCCUAGAGAAGAGAGAGGGAACAGCGAGGAGACAGAGAGAAGACGCAGUGAGAUUGCCUCCUCUUUCCCUCACAGAGGCACGGGCAUGCGCACGCUCACGCAUACACGUUGCAUUGGUGACUGGGGAUUCACGCCCGAUUCUGAAGUCCAGGAAUCGGACGGUAUGCAGAUCCCCUCCUCGCAGGUUGACCUAGCUUUUGGGGGGAGGCGAAUCACCGCUGAUGAYGGUGACGAGGACCAGYUGCGAGAGCGACUCCGCCUCCGUGCCAUGGAUAUGGCUGGUGAGCAAGGUUUCUACAGUCCUCUGACGUCUAGUCAGCACCCCUCCCCUCCACGGUUCACAUUUGCACCUAAUUAUUCACAUCGUUGUGCAGAUCUGCCAGACACGCCUGAGGCCCAAAGAACUGUCGUGGACUGCCCUCUCAGCCCCCUGCACAGCACUGCAUCUGCCCCUGCUGCCACUGGCUCACCAUCGGUAGCUUGCCAUUCCACUCCAGCAUCGGUGCGCAAGGGUGUCACGGGCAUCUUUCCAUCACUGCAGCAGGAGACUGGCAAGCCUUCCACGUCUCCACCUGUGCGCAAUCUGCAGUAUGGCAGCCCAGACAUUGAUGUGCGGUGCCAGCCAGAACCUGCAGGGGAGGCAUCUCUACACAAUCGAACUUUUCUUCAACGUCUCAUCCAUGUUGUGGAGGAUGGUGAUUUCGACUCGCAGGAAAUAUUCGUUCAAGGCCUUGACCAGCAGCACGGCAACAGUGGAUCCACGCCACCUGCAGUACGUGGGAUGCCUGMCGAGGGAGGAAUGCCUUGCGGGGUUGACAUUCGUCAUGUGGAUCAGACGAGCACAAGGCAUGAUGCCCUUUGUUCCGAGCUGGGCAAUGCUUCUGGUGGAUCGACAUCCAUCUCGGUCGGUAAAGCAGUGGCUGAAGCUGUUGCACCUGCAGUGGCUGAAGCUGUUGCACCUGCCGCUGCAAGUGGAUCGGUUGAUGGUGGCAAAAAGAAAAAGGUUUCCAAUCGAUGGGGGGAGMUGGAGACGACAAUGCUACUUAGGCGUGUGUACGAAGUGAAAACAAAUAUGGGAGAGAACUCYGAAGCCAUGGGGAUCGCUCCCUUGAAGCARCGUUUGUGGCGGGACGUGAGUGAGAGAAUGAAGGAGGCACAGUACAAUCGAGAGGACGAAGACUGCAAGAAUCGGUUUCACUACGUCCGCAACAACUACAGGCUUGUUAAAGAUCACAAUCGGUGGUCGGGCAACCAAAAKUACUGGUCCAUGGAUCAGGCRACACGCAAAGCAAAUAGCUUGGACUUCAUGAUGCGCAGGGAUUGGUAUGAUAUUAUUAAUGUGCAUGAGGUAGACAAGGACACCAUUAAUCCAAACAGUCUGACAGACCCCGGCGCCGGCGAGCAUAACAUGGACAACGUACAUGACAGUGAUGUGGAGGUUGGUGAUGAUGAUGCUGAGGAGGAGGAAGCAAUGGAGGAUGGAUCGGCUAUAAGGGGGGGGUCUCACACUGGUGGAUCUGGAGGGGGGGCUGAACCUCCCUUAUAUGACUGUGCGGGAGGAGGGGGGGGGACUUCCAUGCCUGGUUAAGCAGGUGCCCGCCAAGGUCUAGAGGUUCUUGGUGCAUUCGUGAAUGAACGGGUGGUCCCAUG